GCAGCAUGCCUUAACAAGGACAUUUGACAGCAGCGUGGACACGUGUACCAGGAGUGGGCUUAUCUAAAUGCAAGUAUUGAGCUUUCUGAUUAGUUGGCGAAUGAAAGGGGUGUGAUUUUCUGAUAAUUUCUGUCAUGCUCGCGACAUUUAUGCAAAGACAUUUUCCUGCUGUCACCGGGUGGUGGCGAAAAGGCCGCUCAACUCUCUGAGUUCAGGUUCAUUUACCCUGAAUCUGAAGAACAAUGAACGUCUGCCCUCAGCCUUUGUGCUACGAGCUCCUGGCAGAAGUAGGAGAAGGCCACUAUGGUAAAGUAUAUAAAGCCAGAGAGGUGGGAGAGAAACAGCGCCUCCUAGCUGUGAAGAAGUUCACCUUCCGCGGGGAAACGUCGGAGUCCGGGAUCCCUGCCUUCAUGGUCCGAGAGGUGGCGCUGCUGCGCAAAAUGCAGUACUUCAACCAUCCCAACAUAAUCAAGCUGUUGGAUGCGUCUGCUGUACCAGUGGGCGUGAGCCUGGACCUCACUUUGGUCCUUGAAUACAUUGACCAAGACCUGUCCACCUACCUCACAAAAGCUCCUGCUUCUGGACUGAGCCAUGACUGUAUAAAGGAUGUGAUGCAGCAGUUGCUGCAGGGACUGGACUUCCUACACAUGAACAUGGUGAUGCACCGAGACCUAAAGCCAGAAAACGUUCUCAUCAGCAGCCGCGGAGAAGUCAAGAUCGCAGACUUUGGCCUGGCACGGAUCCUCACCUUUAAUAUCGCUCUUACUCCAGGUGUGGUGACACUCUGGUAUCGAGCUCCUGAGGUGCUGCUGAACUCUGCUUACAUGUCCUCAGUGGACAUGUGGAGCGCUGGAUGCAUCUUUGCUGAGCUCUUCCUCCUGAGGCCCUUGUUUCAGGGAUACACAGAGGUGCAGCAGCUGCAAAAAAUCUUUCAAGUGAUUGGGUUGCCCAGUGAGAAGGACUGGCCUGUGGACAGCCCGAUCUCAUACUCAGUCACCUGGGGAGCUGAAGGCUGUCCAACCAAGCUGCUGCCCAACCUGGGCCCAGAUGAGAAUGACCUCCUAUCUCAAUGUUUGGCAUUCAGACCGAGUGGUCGCAUCUCAGCUGCCAAAGCCCUGGCUCAUCCUUUCUUUGUGAAGCACUGAAGAUCUCUGUCGAACGAGGAGAGGAAGAAAGGGCAAUUUAACUGCUGCUGCUCUGAGCUUCUGCCAUUUACAAUUAGCUGCAUUAAUAGUGUUGUGCCAUAAAAUCCUCUGUAAACUUUGUUCAGAGCACGGAUUGAUUAUUGGCUUUGAGAGCUUUUAAAUUGAAAUCACAGCAUCAUGAGAGACUGUGAUCAGGUCUGAGGUUUCCACCUUUUAUACAUCAGUAAAUGAGGAUGAGUUGCAGAAUAUGGAUGUUAUGGCACAACAUGUAUUUCGAUAAAUUUCAAAGCAUGAAGCAGUUUUACUUAGUUAUAGUUUCUAAUUUCAACUUGUACUCGUGUUGUAUGCAUGUUGUUCUUUGAUUUAUAUUUCAGCAAUAUAUGGCAGUGUGCACUUUCACACGGAGUGUGCUCCUUUGUCAUUAGUGUGACUGUUUUGUUACAUGUUUCUGACAUCUUUUAUGAGCAUCUUUAAGUUGGUGUGCUGUGUUGUUUAUUUUCCAGUGAAACAAUUUUUCGUUCUGCACUUGAUUCAAUUGGAGGAAGUGUAACACUCAUUUUUGAUAUUUUAGUUAUUUACUGUUUACUGAUGGUGUAAUCAGUAU